CACAUGGUAUCAGCCGCCUUCUACGAAAUUUCUGUUCUCUCGAAUUUCAUUUUAUUUCAUAGUUGUAAUUCACGUUCAUAUAAACGUGACUCGUGCUGCAUAUAUUUGAUAACUAAUUGACAUGGCAUCCUUCAAGGUAGGAAAUGAUUCCAGACGGGAGGAGUUCAGGAAAUAUUUGGAAAAUGCUGGGCUAGUUGAUGCCUUGACAAAAGUUUUGGUUUCACUAUAUGAAGAACCUGAAAAGCCCGAAAAUCCUUUGGACUUCUUCAAGAAGGGAAUUGGAGCGACUGGUCCUGAUGCUGCAGACAUGGAGAGCUUGAAACUGGAAAUUGAACAGCUGAGGGAACAAGUGGCAAUGCUGCAGGUGGAGAAUUCUGAUCUCAAAUCAAAGGUAGAGAAAGGCGAAGUGGGACCAAGUGAGACAGAGGCAACUGUACCAGCUGCAGAGUAGUGAGAGUGCCCUCUGUUGGUCUGUACAGGAAAUUUUUGGUAAACGUGUGGUAUAAUCCAAAGAAUAAUUUUGAUAGAUGCUUGUACAUAUUCUUGCAUAUAGACAUCCACGUGUUUGUUUUAUUUUACUUGACCAAUUUCGGUGAGAAAUAGCAGUGUUUUGUCUUCUGCCACCUUUUUUAUUAUAACACAUUCUAGAAGAUGCCAUCUGACAAAUUACUCAGUUAUCAGACCAUUUAUAGGCGAUAAAACAUUCUGCAAUUUGAUCCUAGUAAGAUUAGCUGUUUACAUCAUAUCUUUCCUGAUUAUUGAGGAUACAUACACAGACACGCACACAUAUAUUUAAAUAUGUGUAUAUAUGUAGCUCAAAACUCUCUUUAACGUUGAGAGGCUGUGAUAUUUCACAUUCUAUUAUUGCUUCGCAAUAGGUGAAAUUUCCACAAUGGAUUUACUGGUGUAACUUCAUUUACUGAUAGCAGGUUCAUCUAUAAUUUCAGACGUCAUGGUUUUAUAUAUAUGUAUUCCUCUACGUCAAAAUCGUAAAUCAUAUGGCACUUUUGUACAUGUUACGUCAGGUACUACCCAUCGUUAAUAAUAAUAGGUAUAUUCAAGAGCGUAUAAAGAAGGAGAGCGUACAACGGUGAAAUGCUGAAACCAUGU